AGGGUAGUGGGUUUACAGGGCCGGUUAUGGCUCAUGGAAAGAGGCCAGGAACCAUUUCCAAAAUAUUGGCUCCCAGCCCUCCACCCUGCCCAGUCCAGAACUUAAAACAGAGCCAAGAAGAGCAGCAAGAUUUGGUGAAGGAGACGUCUGAGCAACCACCGUGUACCUUGAAGGAUGAUAACAAUGACCAGCUGACUCCUCCUUACCCUGCAAACCACUUUUACAUGAGUUGUGACCGUAGUCCUGAAGACAUGGAAGACACCUGCUCUGAGUAUGACAACGUGGGCUCUGAUGUUGAGCAGGACUAUGAUCAGGUGCUGCAUUUAAACAGGGAGUGCGUUGUGGACAUGAUGUAUUACAAACAGUACUGUCCCGAGGAUGCUGGCUAUAUAAAGCAUGCAGUAGGUGAUGAUAUUAAUGAGAACAGCAGUGCUGUUGACCAGUUGCCUCCCAGGCUUCAUCAUGGCACAGAAAUAUUCGAGGGAUCACAAUCAGACACUAAGCCUUACAAGACAGGCCGUCGCUUUAGGUCGCAUUGUGCUCCGACUGCUGGGGAUGAAGCAGAGGGAGUUAGAAAGGGGGAGAACAGGUUCUUCUUCAGUGACGGAGACGAGAUAGAAGAGGUGCUGGAUGGGGCUAAAUUUAUAGAGGAUUUAGAGGAGACAGAGAACAGUGUUCAAGCCCUUUAUCAGGACAAUGGGAAUGAAAGAAUUAGAAAGGGAGGUGAUGAAAAAAGGGAAAGAGAAGAUGACUCUCGAGUCGCAAUAAAUCAUAAUAUCCCAGGAGCCAAUAAGAAGUGUGAGUCGUCUCACAUGGGUCCAAAGGAGAAAGAAAGGCAGGGUAAAGGCCGAGGGAGGAAGGGAACAGGAGAGGACACUGAGCAGAUUGUCUCUGGCAUGAAAGGAUGCACGACCAACAGCUCUGAACAGCGUCCAAAGACCUCGUCAAAGGACGGCAAAAAAGCUGCUGUGCGGACCAAAGCUAGGUCUGGUUCCAGUAAGCAACAUCCCCCUCCACCACCUCGUCGUUCCCAUGCUCGGUCGCUUGCCGACACCCAGAAAGCCCAGCCUCGUAUAGAGACUCCUCCUGUUCCCAGACCCAUUCCCCUCUCUGCUAACAGCCUGGAGAGCGAACCUAGGGUUAUCAAACCAUCCCUGGCUCCUCAUCACACACCGGAGCAACAGAGGGAGCCUCUUGAGGAGAGGCAAACACGGCCAGAGAAACCUCAGCAGGGUGAGAAGCCAAGCUCAGCUGUGAUAGCUGAGGACGUGCCAGAGCAGCCAAGGGGGCAUCAAUCUCCAGAGCUCGUCCCUGCAGAGGAGAGCAACACAGCCAAGAAAACACAAGAAGCCGCUGCUUUCCCCAGCUUUGAGGAUGUCCCAGGUCCCUGUGAGCCAGAAGAUCUUAUUGAUGGGAUCAUCUUUGCUGCUAACUACCUUGGCUGCACUCAGGUGUUGUCUGAUAAAAAUCCAUCCAAGUCUGUCCGCAUGUCCCAGGCCCAUGAAGCUGUUAGUCAUAUUAAGAGCCAAGAUGAAGACUCUCAAAUGAUGACAGAAGUGGACCUGUUUAUCUCCACUAAAGCUGUGAAAGUGCUGAAUGCUGACACACAGGAGACAAUGAUGGACAGUGCCUUGCGUACAAUCUCCUAUAUCGCUGACAUUGGCAGUAUUGUGGUUCUGAUGGCACGGAGGCGCAUGUGUCAGGCCUCAUCAGAGGAUUUCUCAGAAUCCGACUCUGCCUGCGAAGGGAAGAGUCAGUACAGGAUGAUCUGCUAUGUUUUUGAGUCAGAGGAUGCACAGCUCAUUGCACAGUCCAUCGGUCAGGCGUUUAGCGUGGCCUACAGAGAGUUCCUACGAGCCAAUGGCAUCAACCCAACUGACUUGAGCCAGAAACAAUACAGCGACAUCAUCAACUCACAAGAAAUGUACCACGAUGACCUCAUCCAUUUCUCAAACUCAGACAAUUGUAAAGAGCUGUAUGUGGAGAAGCAGAAAGGGGAGAACCUCGGUGUGGUGAUUGUGGAGUCUGGUUGGGGCUCCAUUCUGCCCACCGUCAUCCUGGCCAGUAUGCUGAACAGUGGCCCUGCAGCUCGCUCCGGAAAACUCAGUGUUGGGGACCAGAUUAUGUCCAUAAAUGACACCAGCCUAGUAGGGCUGCCACUUGCCACCUGUCAGGGCAUCAUCAAGGGUCUGAAGAAUCAGGUGAAGGUAAAGCUGAGUAUUGUGAGCUGCCCUCCUGUCACCACUGUCCUCAUCAAGAGACCUGAUCUCAAGUUCCAGCUUGGUUUCAGUGUGCAGAAUGGCAUUAUCUGCAGUCUGAUGCGAGGUGGCAUAGCUGAGCGAGGCGGUGUUCGUGUUGGACACAGAAUCAUUGAAAUAAAUGGUCAGAGUGUUGUUGCCAUGGCACAUGAGAAGAUUGUUCAAACCCUGUCUGUCUCAGUGGGUGAGAUCAACAUGAAGACAAUGCCUGCUGUGAUGUUCAGACUGCUCACAGGACAGGAGACGCCUAUCUACAUAUAGAGACCCUGCAUGGAUCAGCCCACUGUAGUUCUGCAUGUCUGACCGUGUGGAGGUGAUGGACAGAUGAUGGACAAGUGGCUCAGUGGGACGAGGAGAAUUUAUUUUUCUAUCAUUUUAUUUUUUUCGGCCUCUUGUUGCUAUGCUGUAAAGAACAUCCAGUUCUCAUUUUCAGGUUUUAUCUUGAAUUACAUUGUCAUAAUGGCCUUACAAUGUGAAUACUCUGUCUGUAGUACUGUAUGUGCGUUUCUGGUGUGUGAAGAGAAGUAGCUUUAAGGUCAUGAUUAUUUUCUUAUGAAGAGAUAAAUUAGUACAUUUAUUUUUUAUUUAGUCAUUUUUAUAAUGUCUAUGGAGUUUAAAAAUGUACUUCUGCUGUAAAUACUUUGGAUUACUCAAGGACUUGGUUGGGAAGGCCAUAUUACUCCUACAGUAUAUGCAUGUUAUUAUGAAGAAUUACCAGGGAUUCAUUCUCAAUCUGACGAUAAUCUAUUACAAUAAGUAUUAAAUGAAGACAAUAUGCUGUACAAAGGCACCAAACUAUGUGUAUUAUGGUGAUGCUGAAGGCCAAAGACACACCUACUUUUCAAAGACAUACAGUAUGGGUGAUCAGUACCUUUACCAGAGCGUACAGUACAAGAAUGUAUCAAAAUAUACAUUUCUGAAUGAAUGUAAUGUUAUAGAACAUUAAGAAUGCUAUCUCACUGCUUGAUGUUUGUU